AUGGGGGCUUUUGUCAAGUUAGUCACCUUGAGCGGGAUACCAGCCACCGAAUUAGUCUUCAUAAGAGCAACAGUCCAGGGUUUGGUUGUGGUUCUCGCCAUGGGAUGUUUUAGAGAGAUCCCUAGUACCAAUCAAAUCAGGUAUGAUCCUUCUACCGCUAGUGGUGGAGAUGACGACAAUGAACUACUUCAAGAGAGAUCCAGACCUCUGCUGAUCUCUGUACCGCUGGGGAGUGCGGAUAUUCGAGCGGUAGUUUUAGCACGAGGAGCCGUUGGUGGUUGUGGGUUCUGCCUCUACUUCUACACAAUCAGUGUUCUCCCACUUGGUGAUGCUGUGGCUCUCCUCUCCUUGAGUCCUGUUGUUACAGUUUGGGCAACAGCAGUGUUCUUUCGGGAACCCAUGCGACGUCUGCAUGUCAUUUCGGCCAUUACCACUCUGGUCGGAUCGGUACUUAUUGCCCAGCCGAACUUUCUGUUUGGGUCUGACGAGGUUUCACAGUCGGCUUCGGCCGUUUCUUCUGCAGCCAAGUCCUCUGGAUACGUUACAGCUGCUCUUGGCACAUGUACCAGUGCUGGCGUCUUUCUUCUGAUGCGAAAAGCUGGAAAGGUUGGGGCUCAUACGUUGCAAUUGCUUUUUUCCUGGGUGGUUUUUGGAAUUCUUUUUAGCUUCCUAUUGGGAGUGGUGUUGCCCCUGGGAAAGGGUGGCUGGAGAAUGCCGUCGUCCCCUCAAACAUGGGCUAACAUAGCAGGGUGCUGUUGCUUCGGUAUGACCGCUCAUUUCUGCCUGAACUUUGCCGGGCGACACAGCAACCCCGGUCUGGCUUCCAUUGUGCGUGCCUCGGGGAUAUUGUGGGCUUAUUUGCUGCAGUUUUUUCUCUUUGAUCAUGUGCCAACUCUUUGGACUAUUGUGGGAGUGGUCUUGGUGUCCCUGUCAUUGGUGUUGGUUUCGGUGCAAAAACUACUAGACAAUCCAGGCGCAUCCAGCGCGCCUACAGCAGAGCAAUCCAGAUUGAUUGACGCUCCGCAACAGAAGGAGUAUGGGGCGUCCGAGUCGCAGGCAGGUCGAUCGAUUGUGUAG